AUGAUUCGCCGGAAGAAGAAUGUCAAGAAGGGCAUCCAGUUUUGUCUGAUGGUUUGUGGCGCCUCAGGAACUGGACGAACCACCUUUGUCAACACCCUGUGCGGCAAGAGUGUUCUCACUCACAAGGAUGCCGACGAUGUCAACGACGCCUCUGCCGAGGAGGGUGUUAAGAUUAAGCCCAUCACAGUUGAGCUUGAGCUUGACGAGGAGGGAACCCGUAUUUCCCUGACAAUCGUCGAUACCCCUGGAUUUGGUGAUGCGAUCGACAACGAGGCUAGCUUCUCGGAGAUCGUCGGCUAUCUUGAGAGACAAUAUGAUGACAUUCUGGCCGAGGAGUCCCGUAUCAAGCGUAACCCCCGUUUCAGGGACAACCGCGUCCACGCCAUGCUUUACUUUAUCACACCCACCGGCCAUGGCUUGCGCGAACUCGACAUUGAACUCAUGAAGCGCUUGGCUCCCCGAGUCAAUGUUAUCCCUGUAAUUGGUCGUGCCGACUCCCUUACCCCCGCCGAGCUUGCCGAGUCCAAGAAGCUGGUCAUGGAGGAUAUCGAGCACUAUCGCAUCCCUGUGUACAACUUCCCUUACGAUAUUGAGGAGGACGACGAGGAUACUGUCGAGGAGAAUGCUGAGCUCCGCGGCCUCAUGCCCUUCGCCAUUGUGGGCUCCGAGGAGGUGGUUGAGAUUGGCGGUCGCAAGGUCCGAGCUCGCCAAUACCCAUGGGGAGUUGUUGAGGUUGACAACCCUCGCCACUCUGACUUCCUUGCCAUUCGCUCUGCCCUGCUCCACAGUCAUCUCGCUGACUUGAAGGAAAUCACCCACGACUUCCUGUACGAAAACUACCGUACUGAGAAGCUCUCUAAGAGUGUUGAUGGUGGUUCCGGCAUUGACAGCUCCAUGAACCCUGAGGAUCUUGCAUCCCAGUCCGUCCGUCUCAAGGAGGAGCAGCUCCGCAGAGAAGAGGAGAAGCUGCGUGAGAUCGAGCUUAAGGUUCAGCGCGAGAUUAAUGAGAAGCGACAGGAACUGCUUGCUCGCGAGUCUCAGCUCCGCGAGAUCGAGGCCCGCAUGCAGCGCGAAGCAUCCCAGAUCCCCCCGGAGUCCAAUGGUGACCACGAAUAG